AUGCUCCGCUACCAAAUCCCACCCGAUAUCCUGCGGUCCAUUUUCUCUCACUGUGACGUCGCGAGCGCACUGGCCAUCGGCACGACCUGUCGACGAUUUCACCAACUUGCGCGAGCGCGAGAACUCUGGGUCGCGCUUUGUGUGCGGCUGCAACAACACGGUGUGCUCCCCUUGGCAGCGACGCUGGUCCCUCCUCUCGCCGCGCUGUCGACGAACAGUCUUGUUGAGCUUGUCAAGCGUGUGGUUCACGGCCCACGGACCUGGGCAUGCGCCGGUGACCUUGUCCCGGAGGUCAGGCACGAGAUUAGGCUGCGGGUGCCUAUACCCCGGCUGCACUCGUACCUCGAGAACGAGGUCAAGAUGCUGCCCAGCGGGAAAUAUGUGCUGUUUUGCAACAACCGGCGGCUGCAGUGCUGGGAUACUGCAUCAGGCAGGCUGCUCUGGACGCAUGCUGCCGCUGUUGAGCGUGCAGAUGUCGCGGCUUUCGCUGCGGAGGAAGGGGAGGACGGGGCCCUGAGGGUCGUUGUCGGCUUGCAUGCUGGCAGGAACUGCAGUGUCCGUGGAAUUUUUGUGGAAGUUGUCGAAGUAGACCUGCGCACCCGUGUACAACACCGUCUUAUUCUCACUCGCCCCGCAUAUGAGCCGGAUGAAGACGGGUUUUCCCAGCCAUGCAUACUCGGUCCGCUUGCUGCCAUGGUGGUCGGGGAUAACAGAAUAUACCUGCUCGAUUGGACGACCAGGGCAUACCUGUUCAUCGAUGUGCACGGCCAGUUUUCGGACGACGACGAGAGCUUCGUGUCUGCGUUCAUGCCCGCGGGGGCCGCACCAAGCGCGAGUCGGAACCGCGUUGCCUUGAUUCCGGGGUAUAUCGUGCUGAAGACCGCCGUUCGCAAGUCAUUUGGCGGAGACGAGCUUCUCCUCGUGGCGCAUAGUGCGCUGGAGAAGCUGUGGACCCGGCUUCCGGACAACUAUGAUGCAACAAAAGACUGGGAUGAGUACGAGCCUGAGGGGGUGCUGGCGCGACAGUUAAAGACAUUCAAUGUGUCGAAGCCUCCUCGUAUCCGGGAGCCCGGGAGUGUGACAGGGCAGGGCAGCGACAGACGCGGCUCGUAUAAAGCAAAUCGGGGGAAGGGGAAGGGAAAAGAACGGUGGCGGCCAUCGGGAAGCGUCGGCCGAAGCGGCCGUGAUGGCCGACGCGAAAAAUUAUCCCGCCCCGCCGCACGCUACAUGGACUGUUUCUCGGUGUCCACGAGUCCCCUCCGCGACGACGCGUAUCGCAUCUGGGUGCGGGAGACCCCUGUUCGUGGGCCAGCCACAUAUUUCGACGAUCCGAUGCUGGCCAAUGUUGCAUGGGACGAUCUGGACGAUGCGCUCGACAGUGUGCGGCAGAAGAGGGAAGACGGCGAUGCAGGCGGGGAGCUCGUUGCGUAUGACAUCACACUCAACAGCGGGCUUUCUCCAGUGGUCAAGCGCUGGUGUCCUGGGGGCCGCUUCAAACCUUCAAAGGGCAGGUGGGCGAAACGUUUGUGCCGUAUUCCGGACAUGUGGUGGAUGCCGCGGCUUGUGGAGUCCGUCCGCCAUUCAGUCGGGCAGAAAGCGAUGGGGAGGAGCUGGGCAUGGUGA